CUUCACUCCUAAACCAUCCGAUCUCAGUCCCAACACUAAUUCGUGAACUUCAAGCUAAAAAUGGAUCAGUUCAAAGGUCAGCCUCGCCUCCCUAAAUUCGCUGCCCCUAAACGAUACGAUAUCCGGCUGAAACCGGACCUCUCUGCCUGCACAUUCGCCGGCACUGUCUCUAUCGACCUUGACAUCGUCACUGCUACCAAAUUCAUUGUCCUAAACGCUGCUGACCUCUCUGUCAAGCCCGGCUCCGUCUGCUUCACCUCCUCUAAGGUAUUUUCUGAUCUAACCAUGUUACUUCUUUUUGUUAAUAUUCGAAAUUUCUGUCAGUUGAAAUUAGCUGCCAUUGUAAACCAGGUGUUUAAGCCCGUGAAAGUUGAUUUGGUGGAAGCCGAUGAGAUACUGGUGUUGGAAUUCGAUGACACACUUCCCAUUGGUUUGGGAGUUCUCGCGAUUGAGUUCGACGGAGUUUUGAACGACAAAAUGAAGGGAUUUUAUAGAAGUACUUAUGAGCAUAACGGGGAGAAGAAGAAUAUGGCAGUUACUCAGUUUGAGCCUGCUGAUGCUAGGAGAUGCUUUCCAUGUUGGGACGAGCCUGCUUGCAAGGCUAAAUUCAAGAUCACUCUAGAUGUGCCAUCUGAAUUGGUAGCUCUUUCCAAUAUGCCAGUUCUUGAGGAGAAAGUGGAUGGACCUCUGAAGAAAGUUUCCUACCAGGAAACACCUAUCAUGUCUACAUAUUUGGUGGCAAUUGUCGUUGGUUUGUUUGAUUAUGUUGAAGAUCACACAUCUGAUGGGAUCAAAGUUCGAGUGUAUUGUCAAGUUGGAAAGGCACAUCAAGGGAAUUUUGCAUUGCAUGUUGCUGUGAAGACGCUUGAAUUAUAUAAAGAAUAUUUUGCUGUUCAAUAUCCUCUUCCCAAGUUGGAUAUGAUUGCAAUUCCCGACUUUGCUGCUGGGGCCAUGGAGAAUUACGGCUUAGUUACAUAUCGUGAGACAGCCUUGCUUUUUGAUGAGAAACAUUCUGCUGCUGCCAACAAACAGAGGGUUGCUACUGUUGUUGCUCAUGAGCUGGCUCAUCAGUGGUUUGGCAAUCUCGUGACAAUGGAAUGGUGGACUCAUUUGUGGCUUAAUGAGGGUUUUGCUACCUGGGUGAGCUAUCUAUCUGCCGAUCACUUGUUUCCAGAAUGGAAGAUAUGGACUCAGUUUCUUGAUGAAACUACUGAAGGUCUUAGACUUGAUGGCCUUGAGGAAUCCCACCCCAUUGAGGUGGAUAUAAAUCAUGCUAGUGAGAUUGAUGAGAUCUUUGAUGCAAUAAGCUAUAGAAAAGGUGCUUCUGUCAUUCGAAUGCUGCAAAGCUAUCUUGGUGCUGAACCCUUUCAAAGGUCUCUUGCUUCAUACAUUAAAAAAUAUGCUUACUCGAAUGCGAAGACAGAAGAUUUGUGGGCUGCCCUUGAGGAGGGAUCUGGUGAGCCUGUGAAUAAGUUGAUGAAUUCAUGGACUAGGCAAAAGGGGUACCCUGUUGUAUCUGUCAAACUCAAAGAUCAUAAAUUGGAAUUUGAGCAGGUACAAUUCUUGUCUAGUGCUUCCCAUGGAGAUGGGCAAUGGAUUGUUCCAAUAACUUUAUGCUGUGGUUCGUAUGAUGCAUGCAAGAAUUUUUUAUUGCAAACAAAAUCUGAAACUCUUGAUGCAAAGGAAUCCGGCCUUGUGGAGAUAAAUAGUUCUUGGGUAAAAAUUAAUGUGAAUCAGACUGGUUUCUAUAGGGUGAAAUAUGAUGAAGAGCUUGCAGCUAGACUUAGAUAUGCGAUAGAGAAGAAGUACCUGACAGAAACAGACAGAUUUGGUAUUUUGGAUGAUACAUUUGCGCUUUCUAUGGCUCGUCACCAAUCCUUGACAUCUUUGCUUACUUUGAUGGGAGCUUACAGGGACGAACUUGAGUAUACUGUGCUGUCUAACUUGAUUAGUAUAACUUAUAAAGUUACAAGGAUUGUAUCAGAUGCAACCCCUGAAUUAUUGGAGCACAUUAACCAAUUUUUUAUUAACCUUUUCCAGUAUUCUGCAGAGAAACUUGGUUGGGAUCCUAAACAAGGUGAAAGCCAUCUUGAUGCAAUGUUGAGGGGAGAACUUUUGACUGCCCUUGCUGUUUUUGGACAUGGUCCAACACUAGAUGAAGCAAGUAGGAGAUUUCAUGCUUUUGUAGAAGACAGAAAUACUCUACUCCUUCCACCUGAUAUAAGAAAGGCAGCAUAUGUGGCAGUAAUGCAGAGAGUUAGUGCAUCAAAUAGAUCAGAUUAUGAAUCUCUUCUAAGAGUCUAUAGAGAGACUGAUCUAAGCCAAGAGAAAACACGCAUUCUGGGUUCUUUGGCAUCUUGUCCGGAUCCCAGCAUAGUUCUUGAAGUUCUCAACUUUGUGUUGUCCUCUGAGGUUCGCAGUCAAGAUGCUGUCUUUGGACUUAAUGUCUGCAAGGAAGGGCGGGAAACAGCUUGGACAUGGUUGAAGGAUAACUGGGAGCACAUUUCAAAAACCUGGGGUGCUGGGUUUUUAAUAACUCGCUUUGUCAGUGCCAUUAUCUCACCGUUUGCUUCAUUUGAGAAGGCUAAGGAAGUGGAAGAGUUCUUUGCAACCCGCACUAAGCCUGCAAUUGCUAGAACCUUGAAGCAGAGUAUUGAGAGGGUCAACAUUAACGCAAAGUGGGUUCAGAGUGUUCAGAAUGAGAAGCAACUUCCGGAGGCUGUGAAGGAAUUGGCAUACAGGAAAUACUAAGGAAUUUCUCAAGUUCUUGUAACAAUUUGCAAAAAAUAAGAACAUUGCGUGUGAAUGUGAAUGCCAUUGGCAACCCUUGAUCACAAUGGAUAUAUUUCUGGACCUUAAGCUUGUUCCACAUGGUUCACUGUUUUAAUGCCCCUUCCCCCUUCCUCUUCUUUUAAUCUCAACCUUGUUUGUAGAUGUGUAACCCUAGAGCUAACAACGCCGUUAAGCUUUGCCCAUUUAAUCAUCUCUGUUCUAAUCUAUUAUUAGAUUAUCCUUA